AUGGAGUUUAUGUCCAAUGUCUCCUCAGGCCUGGACGUGUCGAAACCCUCCCUCUUCGAGCUAAUUUCCGAAACCCAGCUCCGCGACCUCCUGGAGCCAUCGGUCCGCUACGUGUUGGCCAUAAUCACACAGCGACACCCACGCUAUCUAAUCUACAUCUUCAACAACUUCGAUGAGGCGUACGCUCUGCUCAUGCUCUUGAUUGAGCGGCACUACAUACGACGAUGGGGCGGGAGCUUUACGGAGAACUUCUACGGAAUUAAGAGGGAGAGGGUACUUGCGAAAGAAUUGCCGAGGGCCUCAAAGGCAGCGCCGGAUAUACUUGCUUCAAGCACAAAGCUAAGGAGGUGGGAUGUUUGGAAGAGUUUGUUUAUUAUUGUAUGUUUUUCUCUCCUUCCUGGGACGGGGGGGUUGUUUUUUUGGUGAAUUGGGGGGACAAUGGUGCUAAUUGGUUGAUUUGGGGGGUGAAUAGGUUGGUGUUCCGUAUCUGAAGAGAAAACUGGAUGAUACGUAUGAAAUUCACGCAGGAGGUGCUGCUGCGAACCUGUUCGGCGCGGGAUAUCGUGGAGGGGGUGAGCCGGAAGAGAAUGUGUGUUGCUCUGAUUAUAUUUUCCGCUACUCUGUAGUCAAUCACUAGCUAAUAUUUGCAAAGGCUUCGCCCAGGGAAAAGAUAAUCUUCCGAUUGAAACGGUUACUACGAAAGAUCUAUCCAGCCAUCAACGCAGCAUACUACUUCUCAACGCUAGCCUUCAACCUAGCCUACCUCUUUGACAAAUCCCAAUACCACACGCCGUUCCACUGGCUAAUCAAGAUCCGCAUGAGGCGGCUGACAGAAGCCGAUCACGUAACUUCCCACUCCCCCCUCUCUCUUCCCCCACAAUACUGAUCAACUUUCUGAAAAAUAAAAACAGCGAGCCUUCGAAACCGCCUCCCGCACCCUCCCACGACCCGGCUCCACACCACUAACUCCCACAUCCCUACUCUCCGCAACUGCCCUAACCCGCCUCAUCCUCCCGCCGAUCCUCGACUCGCUAAAGAUCCUCCUCCCAACCUCCAUAUUCUUCCUCAAGUUCCUGGAGUGGUGGCACGCAUCCGACUUUGCCAGACAACUCUCCGCCAAGACCGCCGCUUCGAUAGAACUCCCACCACCAGCCAUCGUACCCCCGCCUUCCAAGGAUGAGGAGGAGGACGAGGGCUACUACCCGCGCAACAGCAGCAGGAGCAGUAGAGAGUUGGAAAGGCAGGGGAGGAAGCUAAUCCCCUCCCCAGAGGACAGUGGGGUGUGUCCGAUCUGUCUGGAGGAGUUGACGAAUCCGACAGCCUUACAAACGGGGUACGUGUUUUGCUACCCGUGCAUUUUCCGCUGGGUACGGGAUGGGCAGGAGGAUCCAGCAAAGGGGUAUUGUCCAAUCACGGGGGUUAAGUUGCUGGGUGGGACAGAGGGUCUGCGGAGGAUAAUGGUGUAGAGUUGAAGGGAGGUGUCGUGGGGUUGCAUUCAAGCUCAACAUAUAGUGUAGAAACGGGUCGACUCGGUUCAGUGACAUGACCAUAAUUUUUUAAUUUAGUAUAUCUUUUCUGGGGACAAGGGAUACAUUUGCCGGGAACUAAAAUUUGAUGAAAUAUCUUUGGCUGCAAUGGUGCUUUAAGUAUAUCAAAAUAUUUAGAAUCAUAGAAUUGAAUACUGGCAGAUGACUCCAUCCCUCGCUCCA